AAAUACCAGCAUAACUACCUCCCAUUUCUUCACAUUCCCACCAUUAACUUCCCUCACCCUCUCUCUCCGAACCCAACUGAAGAGCUCAGAUCUGCUCUCUUGUGCCGGACUGACAUGGGUCUCGCCGGCGGCAUUCUCUUCAUCAUCGUCACCAUCUCGGUUUUCUCAGCGACCCACGCCAGAAUCCCUGGAAACUACGCCGGCGGCUCGUGGCAAGGUGCUCAUGCUACCUUCUAUGGUGGCAGUGACGCCUCUGGCACUAUGGGAGGUGCUUGUGGUUAUGGAAACCUGUACAGCCAAGGCUACGGCGUUAACACGGCGGCGCUGAGCACGGCGUUGUUCAACAAAGGGUUUAGCUGCGGUGCGUGCUUCGAAAUCAAGUGCAGCCAAGAUCCGAGGUGGUGCCAUCCCGGCAGCCCCUCCAUCUUCAUCACCGCCACUAACUUCUGCCCUCCGAACUUCGCUCUCCCUAACGACAAUGGUGGAUGGUGUAACCCUCCUCGUACCCACUUCGACCUCGCCAUGCCCAUGUUCCUCAAGAUCGCCGAAUACCGCGCCGGAAUCGUCCCCGUUUCUUAUCGCCGAGUGCCAUGCCGGAAAGCUGGUGGGAUCAGGUUCACCAUCAACGGCCACCGUUACUUCAACUUGAUUUUAAUCAGCAACGUCGCGGGUGCAGGGGAUGUCCAGAAGGUCUGGGUCAAAGGGACGAAAACUAAUUGGAUGAGCAUGAGUCGUAACUGGGGUCAAAAUUGGCAGUCAAACGCCGUCCUCGUCGGUCAAGCACUCUCCUUCAGGGUCACCGGGAGUGACCGGCGAACCUCCACCUCAUGGAACAUCGCUCCGGCGAGUUGGCAGUUUGGUCAAACCUUCACCGGAAAGAAUUUCCGAGUGUAAAAUCAGAUCCUGUUUUGGCGCCAAAAUUAAUAUCCACUUUUACCCUUUUCGUCAUUGACUGUUCUUGUAGUGGGUUCUUACUUGUUUUUAUCAGGGGCUUCAAAAGCUAAUAUGUCAAAAGAUGGAGGACCGGAAUGACAUGCCUGGAAAGAUUUUUAAUUUUUUUGGGGAUACUUAGGUUUGUAGGCUGAGGCGGCUGCAAAAAACAUGUUGCCCGCAGCAAAAAUUAUAUAUAUAUAAUUGUUUGGUUUUAUAACUUGAGUCAUUUUUGUGAGGUUAUGGGGUGAUUGGGUUCAAUUAUAUUAAAUUGAUAAGAGUUAUUGUCAA